AUGUAGAAAAUUGGCUGCCACCCAAUGAGGGGGUUAGAGAAAGAAUGCUUCUUUUAGGCCAGGGAGGACAGGAAAGAAGCAUCUCACUAUACACUGAAUACAUCUCACUCCUAGUAGGCUGUAGCAAAACGCUCAUCUUACCAUGGUUUUUUCCGUGCUCGAUCUUCUCUGCUUCUUCCUUUUCAUGAUUCUCCCAUAUUCCACCAUAGCUCAACCAUACGUAAACAUAUCUUUCGGCUCAUCCCUCACUGCACGAAAUGACCAUAACUCAUCGUGGCAAUCACCAUCUGGUGAAUUUGCUUUUGGUUUUAAACAGAUUGGAAAAGAUGGGUUCUUACUGGCCAUCUGGUUCAAUAAGAUACCAGAGAGAACUAUUGUCUGGUCAGCCAAUGGGAAUAAUCUUGUGCCACAAGGAUCCCAAGUUGAACUUACAAGUGAUGGCCAGUUUAUGCUCAAAGAUGCAACUGGCAAGGGAAUAUGGUCUGCUGAUUCUCCUGGUACUGGAUUUGCCUAUGCAGCCAUGCUAGACACUGGAAAUUUCGUGCUGGCCAACCAAGAUUCAAGCACGUUGUGGCAGAGUUUUGAUCAACCAACUGAUACAAUCCUGCCAACACAGAUUCUAAAUCAAAACAGCAACCUCUAUGCUCGCUACACGGCUACAAAUUACUCAAGAGGUAGAUUCCGGUUUAAACUACAAUCUGAUGGAAAUCUCGGGCUUUACACUACAAAUUUCCCACAACACUUUGCCAAUUUCAAUUCUGCUUAUUGGUCAGUCAAAACUACAGAUAUUAUAUUUCAGGUCAUCUUCAACCAGUCUGGCCUCAUUUACCUUGCAUCCGGGAAUGGAAGCGUACUCAAUAUCAUAUCAUCAAAUGCAGUUUCAAUACAAGAUUUCUACCAGAGAGCAACAUUAGAGUAUGACGGAGUUUUGAGACACUGUUUUUAUCCUAAAAGUACUAGCUCAAGUGCUGGAAGGUGGCCCAUGGCUUGGUCUACUAUCACUUUUCUACCUCCGAAUAUCUGCUCGUCAAUUACGGAAGAUAUGGGCGGUGGUGCAUGUGGAUUCAACAGCUUAUGUAGGCUUGAAAAUGAAGGACGACCAAUUUGCGAUUGCCCUCAUGGUUACACCUUUAUUGAUCCAAAUGAUGUGCGCAAAGGAUGUAAACAAAAAUUUGUUCCACAAAGUUGUGACCAGGCCUCACCCGAGCAUCUUUUUGAUUUUCAAGACAUGCAAAACACAACACGGAAGCUUCUAAAGAAGCAGUGUGUUGCUAUCAAACGUUUAGAUGCUAAGGUCAGAGAAAAUGAUUUGGAAUUCAAAGCUGAAGUGAGUGCUAUCGGCAGAACAAAUCACCGAAAUUUAGUCCAGCUACUUGGAUUUUGUAACGAGGGGGAGCACCGAAUUCUUGUAUAUGAGUUUAUGAGCAACGGCUCUCUAGCAAGCUUCCUCUUUGGAGAAUCAAUGCCAAAUUGGUACCAGAGAAGGCAAAUUGCCUUGGGAAUUGCAAGAGGGCUUUUGUAUUUGCAUGAGGAGUGCAGCAGCCAAAUUGUUCAUUGUGACAUCAAGCCUCAAAACAUUCUUCUUGAUGACUACUUCACAGCAAGAAUUUCUGACUUCGGAUUAGCGAAGCUUUUGAGAUUGGACCAGACUCGAAGCAUGACUGCUAUCAGGGGAACCAGAGGGUAUGUGGCCCCUGAAUGGUUCAGAAGCUUACCUAUCACAGUCAAGGUUGAUGUUUACAGCUAUGGCAUUUUGUUGUUAGAGAUUAUUUUCUGCAGGAAGCAUUUUGAAGCAGUGGCAGACAAUGAAGAUGAAAUGAUACUAGCUGAUUGGGCAUAUGAUUGCUAUACGCAAAAGAAGCUGCACCGGCUCUUCGAGAAUGAUGAUGAGGAAAUCAAUGACAUCAACGAGAUGGAGAAGUAUGUGAUGAUUGCAAUAUGGUGCAUUCAGGAGGAUCCAUCACUCAGACCCACCAUGAAGAAAGUCACGCUGAUGCUUGAAGGAACUGUUGAAGUCUCAGCUCCACCCUCCUCCUUCAUAAAUUCAAUACUAUAAAUAUAUAUAAUUGUUGUUGUAUCAUUUCGUUUCGUUUGUCUCUGUUCUACUUUUUUCAUCACUUUCCUUGUCAUCCUAGUGAAUAAGGUUUCAUUAAGCUACUCAAAA